UCAUCAUCAUGACCAUCACGGCUAGCUAAUCCUCUUCUUCUCAGAUCUUAUUAGAGCUUGUCGCACGCGGCCGUGCCGCAGCCAUCUCCUCUCCUCCUCCUCCUCCUCCUCCUCCUCCUCGUCCACACAGGCCCCGGCGCCAGCGGUGACCGGCCGGUGAGUCGACGCGAGGGUACGGUAUGGAUGAGCAAAGUAGCGGCGGCGGUGAGGCGGCGGCGAAGGUGCCACUGCUGGAGCCACGGGCGGCGGCGGCGGCGGAGGAGGAGGAGCACCACCACCACCACAACGGGGCAGGAGGAGGAGGAGGAGGGGCGGCGGCGGCGGUGGUCGUGGGCAAGUCGGACGAGGCGGAGUGGUCGGCGCAGCCGCUGCGGCGGCGGGCGUGGGAGGAGAACAAGCGGCUGUGGGUGGUGGCGGGGCCGUCCAUCUGCGCGCGCUUCGCGUCGUUCGGCGUCACCGUCAUCAGCCAGGCCUUCAUCGGCCACAUCGGCGCCACCGAGCUCGCCGCCUACGCCCUCGUCUCCACCGUCCUCAUGAGGUUCAGCAACGGCGUCCUCCUGGGGAUGGCGAGCGCACUGGAGACGCUAUGUGGGCAAUCCUACGGCGCGAAGCAGUACCACAUGCUGGGCAUCUACCUACAGCGGUCCUGGAUCAUCCUCUUCGCGUGCUCCGUCGUGCUGCUCCCGAUCUACCUCUUCACGGCGCCGCUGCUGGUCGCGCUGGGCCAGGACCCGGAGAUCGCCGUGGUGGCGGGCACCAUCUCGCUCUGGUACAUCCCCGUCAUGUUCUCCUACGUCUGGGCCUUCACGCUCCAGAUGUACCUGCAGGCGCAGAGCAAGAACAUCAUCAUCACCUACCUGGCAUUGCUCAACCUCGGCCUCCACCUCCUCCUGUCAUGGCUCAUGACUGUCAAGUUCCAGCUCGGCGUGGCGGGGGUCAUGGGGUCGAUGGUCAUCGCCAUGUGGAUCCCCGUGUUUGGGCAGCUUGCCUUCGUCUUCUUUGGUGGAUGCCCUCACACGUGGACUGGGUUCUCCUCGGCUGCGUUUGCUGAUCUCGGUGCCAUCGUCAAGCUCUCGCUAUCUUCUGGUGUCAUGCUCUGUUUGGAAUUGUGGUACAACACCAUAUUGGUGCUGCUCACAGGGUACAUGAAGAAUGCAGAGGUUGCACUCGACGCCCUUUCAAUAUGCCUUAAUAUCAACGGUUGGGAGAUGAUGAUUUCCUUCGGCUUUUUGGCUGCAACAGGAGUGCGAGUGGCAAAUGAGCUUGGAGCUGGAAGCGCAAGAAGGGCAAAGUUUGCCAUUUACAAUGUGGUCAUCACAUCUUUCUCGAUCGGAUUUGUGUUGUUCGUGCUCUUCCUUUUCUUCCGUGGAGGCCUUGCCUACAUAUUUACCGACAGUCAAGCGGUAGCUGAGUCAGUUGCUGACCUCUCACCUCUGCUAGCCUUCUCCAUAUUGCUAAACAGUGUUCAGCCAGUGCUAUCAGGCGUCGCCGUCGGCGCAGGCUGGCAAAGCGUAGUCGCCUAUGUCAACGUCACUUCCUACUACCUGAUUGGCAUCCCUCUUGGAGCAGUCCUGGGAUAUGUGGUGGGAUUUGAAGUAAAGGGCAUUUGGAUUGGCAUGCUGCUCGGAACACUAGUCCAAACUAUUGUGCUUCUCUUCAUAACAUUAAAGACCGACUGGGAAAAACAGGUGGCGGUUGCUCAAGAGAGACUGAAGAGAUGGUACAUGCAAGAGAACAGAAGACUUCAGGGGUUGAGUGGAAACUCUUGAACCGCCCUCCCUCAGGCCUCAGCUCCAUCUCUAUCUCUGCAGGCUGUUAUAAGUAUCUACUCGGCAUCCGAGACCCUUGGGGCAGACACACACGUAUGACUAAUUUUCCAUUCACCGUCUCACAAGAACGAAAUGAGGGAGCUGUUAGUUAGUCUACCCAGGAUUUUAAUUGCUCCUCAAGCCGAGGCCAAGCAGCGGAAGUGGUUGUCAGCAGCAGAGAAAAAGACACUCUAUUGUUUGGCAGUGGCAUGGCAUGGAGGAUGUGUGUGCAACCUUGUUGGGUUUGUGCGAGUUUGGCUCAGGUUUGGUUUGGGCAGUAUGGUAAUGCCCUCUUCAUCAGAGCAGCGAUUGUGGUGUGUUGGGGAUGUUGGAAUCUGUAACAGAUUUGUUUCAAUACGUUUGCAUUACAAAUAAUGAUCUGAGGGGUGUGUUGCAUACAAAUAAAUAAUCAUCUGAUCGAGGGGUGUCUUGCACACACACACACAAAAAUAAUCAUCUGGGCGUGUGGUGGUGUGUGUCACGUUGAGGCCUCUCCGUCUUGUGUUUAUCUAA